CUGGGUUCAGUCAUUUUAAUAGCGGACAAUGACUCGUUUUCUCCUAUUUGCUCUUCUGGCAACAAUUAUAUGCUUUAUUGCGAAGACCCACCAAGUAGAAGGACAGCUUACUUAUAACUGGAAGAAAUUCAAUCGUCCGUCGAAUAGAGGUAGACUGCCAAAAAAGCCCGGACGCUCAGUACUUAACGUAAGUAUUGUACCAAGUAGUAUGUCAGACUAAUUCCUUGAGACAGUGUACUGGGUAUCAAUGUUUUUUUUCAUCGACUAACAACGGUAACAUAAUAGUUCUUCUGCUGGCCGAAACCAAGAGCGAAACUCUUGGCGUGGGUCUCUACAAAGACUUACAUGACUGAGACCGGCAGCCAGAUUAUCAAGACGGCAGUAUGGAAUUUAGGAUUUCAAUCAAACUAUGUCACUUAUAAAAUGGGACUGUUCAGCAAAUUAUUUUCAUUAAUGGUGCUGAUGAUUCGUGUUCCUGUAGCUGACCUGUUGAGAAAUGAAAGAAGUUAGUAUAUUCUUCUGCUCGAAUUUCAAAAGUGACGAAGUAAUGGAAUUUAAAGCCCUAAUAAAUGUUGUGAGGCACAGUCUCUUGAAAAAACCAUUUGACAACAUGUGCAUACUAACUGCGUAUGCGAAUGCUCUUUUUCUUCUCCCGAUCUUGUUUUUCUUCUUCCAAAGAGGGCGUACAUGGUUGAAGUAUUCUUGUUUUUGAUUUGGCUGUCGUUCGUGUCAGAAUUGUUUUUGAUUUCAGCUUAAACGUAAAACAUUCUAUUAGAUUCGAAUUUUCAGUUUAACAGUAAUUAUAAAAGAAAAUGCCCUAGUUCGGACCAGCCGACUAAGAUACAAAUCCUUCUGUGUUUUAUAGGGAAAGAAUGUGUCUAGUUUUAUAAUGUUUUAUAUGACGCGGGAAGACUGUCGUUGAUACGAUCACGUGACCAACCAAACUAUUCAGUAUCGACUCGCCGGAAAAACGGUAAAUCUUUUUUUGGCUUAUGAUCGGGUUUUGCGUGUGAAAACGAAACGCAGUACACAACGGUCUGUUUAAGUGCGGGCCAAUCAAUUCCCUGGGUCCGGUAUACUCGCAUCUAAAGAAGCGCUUUCCCGCCAUUAUUUUGGCUCCACUCAAGAUUGACGUGUUACUCGUGAACUUAGCAUAAUUAAGCACUUGUUAGUACAAUAUAUUUACUUAUAUGGAUCUUGUGAUCUAUAACGGGUUUUGCAUAUUUAAAAAUAUGAGGGAGCCCUUAUAAAGUUGCAACAAUACUUUUUUCUAAAAAGGAAAAUAUAAUACAGUACAAGUACAAAUAAAGAGAACUUGGGGAUUAAAAGUGCCCGCUUAGCGUUUAGAAUCUGUCUAAAUGGAUUGGGCUACAAACAACGAGAACGUAAUCUAGCUUUAAAAAUUACUGAGAAUUAAUUUCAUCGGUGUAAUCCGUUAAAGAAAUUGUAUUUUAUGUUUGCCUUAUCUGUCGCAAGAUUAAAACGUCAUCCCUUAUAAGGUCAACUUGAGAAGCAAAUUCUCUAUUUAAGAAUCCUUAACACUCUGUUUACCCCCGCCCCCACCCCCCGAAUUUUGCACGAGCUAUGGGUUUGAUUUUCCUGGGAGAACUGCAAACUUACGCAAUUUUUUUUUUCGGGGUGGGGGGUGGAGGGCGGGGAGGGUAAACAAAAUGCACAAAAUGCAGUAUGGGGAUUCAAUUCCUCGAAUUCGCAGAAGUGAGCCUGCUCGCAGAAUAAAUGUGCCCUUUGUAGUUUCACGCUGUCACACGGUAGAAAAACACUUUGAGAGGACGCAAUUGAUGUCGCUGUGCGACUUUAAAAAAAGACGAAAAUUAGCAUUUCAGUUGAUGCUCUCUCUCUAUCUGUUCUGUUCUUCUUGCCCCAUUGUGUCAUUUGCAGCCCAACAAUAUAAGUGUUCAGUAAAUGUUAACCUGAAAAGGGCCCAUUGGCCAGUUAACUCAUUUUACUUAAAAUAUGAGUCAUCUGUUACAGCCAGGACAGCCCAUUGAGUAUUUUAUUUGCCGAACUUGAAUUUUAUGAUUUAAUCUUUUAGAGUUAUACAAGAAAAAGGGCCAUUCCAGCUGGAGAUUGUAAAAAUCAACACCAGAGUGCCAAACACAGCGAACAGGAGACGGACGAAGCCACACGAAGACGGCUAAUGUUCAUCACAAAACUCCUCCAAUCUCUCACCUAAG